AUGCCCCGCUUCCCCAACCCGCUGCUCAGACACCUGGCCGCCAGAAGCCCCUUGGACGGCCACAAGCGGAAGCAGUGCCUGCAGUACCUGAGGACCCUGCGCGCCCUGCAGUACGACGGCUUCACCACCGUGUACCUGGGCGAGACCGAGGUCUCCGAGAGCCUGGUCACCGGGGAGGAGCCCAGCCAGGGCCGCCUGCCGCCGGGCCCCGCCUGGUGCGUCGUGCACGCGGGCGGUGUCCAGGGCUGGGUGCCCUGGCGCCACCGGCUGUUCCUGAGGGACGAGCUGUGCGUCCGGCGGGACGACGGGCUGUUCCCGGAGUUCUGCGACGCGGUGAGGAAGGCCUACGGCAAGUGCGCCAUCGUGGUCAAGGAGCGGCGGCGGCAGCAGGACGCGGCUCGGCCGAGGGAGGACCGGGAGCCCGAGGCCAGGGCCCGCGCCCCUUCGGUCAUCCCGCUCAGGAGCAUUGAGUGCCGCCUGGAGGUGGCCAGGUCCUGCGGCCACGAGCUGCUCGCCCUGCCCCCCCUGUCCGUCUACCUGAGCCCCCUGGACGCGGCCUGGUCCUCGCUGAAGUGGUUCAUCAUCAACAGCCGGCGGGAGUUCUGCCUGCAGUCCAUCGGCGGCAUCUACUCCUACCAGUACAUCCUCCUGGGUGACCUGAUCGGCAGGGGCAUCGAGAGGGUCACCCCGAGCAAGUGGAGGGCCCUGGUCAGCAAAGUGCGGAGGUGGGAGAACUACUACCUGGGGAAGUUUUCUUAAGGGGACCCCCCCAACCCCGAGACAGGCGGUCGGCCGAGCUAGGGGGCGUGGUCUUCCCCACCUGACGCCCCUGCGCUGGGCCCCACGAGGACCGCUGCGGCCAAGGACACGACAGCGACCCCCAGGCGGGCCGCGAGGGCCGGGCGCUGCCGUUCAUUAAAGCUUCUUGGUCCGGCAGGGGUCUCGGCCUCCGUCUGGCUGAGGCGAUGCCGAGGGCGACCACAGGGGGGUGGUUCGGGCCCGCCCAGCACACUUGAGCUUGGUGGGGAGCAGGGUGAGCGACACUGAGGGUGUGUGGUGCAAAUCCAGGUCUCAGACAGAAAGAGAAUCAGGCGUGCGGUCCCCCCAAAAGUUAAC